GUUGUCGUCACAGUAGCUGCAUUCACACUAACUGCUCUCUCCUGCUCCCUCUUCCUUAUUCUGUCCACCAAAUGCAGUGAUCGAUUCGUGUUCAUCAUCAUCAUCACCAGUCAUUACAUUUAUCGAUAAAGCACACAGAUUGAUGGAACUGAUUCCUGUUCUCGAGCCGGAGGAGAAGCCUCGGGACAGACAGUGGUAUGUGGUGUCGGCCUCAGGUGCGGCUCCAGGUGUUUCUGUGGGUCACACCUGUGUGUUUCUGCCCUCCGCUGAUGGAGGCAAGGGGAGGAUUGUAGUCGUCGGCGGAGCCAAUCCUGACGGGAGCUUCUCUGAGUCCUACGUGAUGAAUCUGGAUACUCAUGAAUGGGAGGUUCCAGAAUGGGCGGGUUUGCAGGCGCGUUACGAACACUGCAGCUUCGUCCCCGAGAUCGAGCCGAGGAGUGUGUGGGUGUUCGCUGGAGCUCAGAAGAGCGGGAACCGCAACUGUGUCCAAGUGCUGCGCGCAUCAGAGGGUUUGUGGGAGACGGUGUCAGUGAAAGGAGAUCCUCCCUCAGUCAGGACGUACCACACAAACUCAGCCUGCGUUGGAAACAGGCUCUACGUGUUUUCGGGAGGCGACGCCGGCGCAGAUCCAGUCACCGAUACACACGUCCACGUUUUUGAUUCAGUCACUGCGACCUGGACGCGGCCGGAGAGCGACGGGACUCCUCCUACGCCGCGGCACGGUCACGCGAUUACAGCUGUGGGGUCCAACGUCUACAUCCACGGAGGAAUGUCUGGAGAGACGCUUUACGACGACAUGUUCCUGCUGGACACGGAAACUAUGAAAUGGGAGAAAGUGAAAGCGAAAGGCGAGAUCCCGCCGGGAGUGGCAGCGCAUUCAUCUGUAAGCUUUGGGAAAAACAUCUUCAUCUUUGGAGGAAUGACAUCAGAAGGAGCCACAAACUCCAUGUAUAAGUUUCAGUGCGACGAGCGGCGCUGGACGCUGCUGCAGUUCGAAUGCGAUCUACCUCCGGCCCGGUUGGAUCACUCCAUGGUUUUGGUGCCAUGGCGUGUGACGACGGCGGGCCGAGAAACACGCGACGAAGACGAGCAGCGGCUGUGUUUCAUCUUCGGAGGAAUGGACACGCAGGGCGUCAUAUUCAACGACUGCCUCGUGACGCUGCUCACGUGAAACGCUCAAUAAAUGUGUUUGUCUUAAAAUGGCUGAACUGAUGUUCUGUUCGAUUCAACAAGAUUUUCAGCGUGAAACUAUAAAACUCGACAUUGAGACGCUGAGUCUGAGAUUUACUUCUUGGUUUUAAUCCGGUUUGAUUGGCCGAUCAUAUACACCUAAUCUUUACAUUCAUGCCGACUUCUACGAAAAACUUCUACAAUUGAUAAAUUUUAUUUAUUGUUAAAUCAUGUCAGCAAUGUGUUAAAUCAUGCUAGCGACAUGCUAAAUUGUGCUAUCAACAUGCUAAGUAUGUUAACAACAUGCUAAUCAUUCUUGCAACAUGUUAAUAAUGUGUUAAAUCUUGUUAGCAACGUUUUAAAUCAUGCUAUCAACAUGCUACUCAUGCUAGCAACGUGUUCAAUCUUGUUAGCAAUGUGUUAAAUAAGGCUUACAACAUGCUAAAUCAUGCUAACAACAUGUUAAAUCAUGAACCUGGAGAUCUGUACAAUUCAAGAUUUUCAGCGUAAAACUAUAAAACUCUACAUUGAGACGCUUCAUCGAUGAAAGGGAAUCUCUCAGAUUUAAUUUUUGGUUUUAAUCCGGUUUGAUUACCCGAUCAUAUAAACCUAAUUUUUACAUUCA